UGAACGGAACAGUCCUUUAGAAGCCUUUGUUUCGAGUCGGAGAAAAGACGGGGAGGGACCUGACGGCCGGCAAGCUUUUUCUCUCGCCAUGGAGGCAGCCGGAGGGGUGUUCCAGUUCCGCGACGUCCGAUGGGACCCGGACCCGAUGCUGGAAGCUCACCCGGCGGUGCGGCUGCCGGCUCCGGUUCCUCUGGUGCUGGAUAACGGUUCGUUCCAACUGCGUUUGGGCUGGGCCUGCCCGCAAGCCGCAGUGCCCGGCGAGCCCUUGCUCCAGUUCCGCUCCUUAGUUGCUCGAAGCCGGGGAGCUCGCGGCGGCGCUGGCCCGGAAACCCAGGUGGGCAACGAUCUGGGCAGCCCCGAACCCCUCCGAUGGCUCCUCCGCUCGCCUUUCGACCGCAACGUGCCGGUUCAGAUGGAGCUGCAGGAGCAGCUCUUCGAUCACGGCUUCCAGCGCCUGGGCGUCUCCUCGCAGGGCUGUGUUGACCAUCCAAUUGUGAUAACAGAGGCUGUCUGCAACCCUCUCUAUUCAAGGCAAAUGAUGUCAGAGCUCCUAUUUGAAUGUUACCAGGUUCCAAAGGUUUCUUAUGGUGUAGACAGCUUGUACAGUUUCUAUCAUAACAAAAGGCAAGGCUGGCCUUGCAGUGGGCUCAUAGUUUCUUCUGGAUACCAGUGUACUCAUAUUUUACCAGUCUUAGAAGGCAGGUUAGAUGCACGAAACUGUAAGCGCAUAAAUCUUGGAGGAUGCCAGGCAGCUCUUUAUCUCCAGCGCCUCCUGCAAUUGAAAUAUCCAGGGCAUUUUGCUGCCAUCACGCUUAGCCGUGUGGAAGAAAUACUCCAUGAGCACAGCUACAUCGCGGAAGAUUAUAAAGAAGAGAUGCAAAAGUGGCGAUCACCUGAAUACUAUGAGAACAAUGUGCAUAAGAUGCAGCUGCCUUUUUCAAAUAAGCUCCUUGGAAGCACCAUCACGUCUGAGGAGAAGCAAGAGCGACGGCAGCAACAACUUCGACGGCUUCAGGAACUUAAUGCUCGCCGUCGAGAAGAAAAGCUUCAGCUGGAUCAAGAGAGACUGGAGAGGCUUCUUUAUGUUCAGGAACUGCUAGAAGAUGGCCAGGUGGAUCAGUUUCACAAAGCUUUGAUGGAACUGAACAUGGACUCUGCUGAGGAACUGCAGUCUUAUAUCCACAAGCUCAGUUUGGCCAUUGAGCAAACUAAGCAGAAAAUCCUCCAGGCAGAAGUUAGUGUUGAAGUGGAUGUUGUGGACAGCAAGCCAGAGAUUCCUGAUCUUGAUCCAUUGGGCAGUGAACAAUCCAUGGAAGAUGUAGAAAGUGUGAAUGAUUUUGAGCCUUUAUUUGCUGAGGAGCAACCUGAAGUUGAAAAACCAGUUACUACAGUACAGCCCGUGUUUAAUUUGGCAGAGUAUCAUCAGCUCUUUAUUGGCACAGAGAGAAUCCGAGUUCCUGAAAUUGUCUUUCAGCCAUCCCUAAUAGGAGAAGAACAGGCUGGGAUAGCAGAAACCAUGCAGCUUGUCCUGGACAGAUAUUCUAAAGAUCAACAGGAAAAACUUGUCCAGAAUGUCUUCCUCACUGGUGGAAAUGUGAUGUAUCCUGGAAUGAAAGACAGAAUCCAGAAAGAAUUGCUUGAAAUGAGGCCAUUCCAAUCAACCUUUCAGGUGCAUCUUGCUUCUAAUCCUGUUCUUGAUGCAUGGUAUGGAGCUCGGGAUUGGGCACUAGAGUACAUGAACCGUGAAGAAGGCUGGAUAACUAGGAAAGAUUAUGAAGAGAAAGGUGGAGAAUAUCUUAAGGAACACUGCGCUUCCAAUGUCUAUGUGCCUAUCCGUCUCCCAAAGCAGGUUCCACGGACUGCCGAAACGUCAGCAUCAAGUAAAGUGCCAGGGACUGCCACAAACAGCAUCUCUGAGCAAACGUGAUAUGUGUAUUAUUUUUGGACGAAGGUUGUUGCUUUCCAGAACUACAAGAUGGUCUACAGAAUUGGAUGUGCAUUUCAAAGACAUGUAUUGGGCAUCUCAGCCAAGGUGCUUCUAUAUCUUAAAAAGGCAGCUAUACUUCCCCACCCCCCAUCCCCCAUGACAGAAAAUGUUGAGUGUCCUAUGUUUGUGGUUGCCAUGGGAAAAAAGGACUCGUACAUCAGUUCUUGGUGUAAAAGAAACAAUAUGAAUAUUUCAGAGAAAAUGCUUAUUAGCCUAAUUGAAUCAAACAUAUAAUGUGUUUUAUAUUAAUAAAUUGUUGCCAAGGCUAUUGGUUACAUCAA